AUGGGUCACAUGGAAGGAUCACAAGCUCUAGUUUUAUUCAUUCUCUGUGCUCUUCUGUAUCACUCAGUAGCUGCAGAUCAUACUGCAAGGUAUUUGUCUGAAGCAGAAGAGAAAGAAUUGCAGACACAGCUCAAAUCCCUUAAUAAGCCUUAUGUCAAAUCUUUCAAGGAUGAGUAUGGGAUCACAUUUGACUGUGUGGAUAUUUAUAAACAACCAGCUUUCGAUCAUCCUUUGCUUAAGAACCACACUCUUCAGAUUAAAUCUAUAUCGUUUCCAAAGAGCAUGAACAAGAAUCCAUCGUCAGAAACCGUAAAGCUGCCUAGACGUUGUCCUCGGGGCACUGUCCUUAUCAGAAGAACUACAAGAGAAGAUUUGAUUAGAGAAAAGCAAAUCCAACGAACCAAACGCAUAGAUCUGCAAGAGGAUACUGUAACUGUUGAAGCUUAUACGGCUGGAGUGUCAUUUUCGGAUUUGAAUGAAUCAGUGAAGUUCUAUGGAAUAUCAGCUAUUUUGGAUGUUUAUCAACUUUCCGGUGUAUUGGAUACUCAAACAAGCGCAACACAAAUAGUUGUCAAUAAAGGAGAAACAGGCCCUCUGGAUUACCGCAACGUCGUACAAGCUGGAUUUCAUGUUCAUCAUGAAGCUGAGGGAGACAACUUGACUCACUUCUUCACUUAUUGGACAAUGGGUAUCAAAAGACUGGUUGCUUCAACAUCCAUUGUGCUGGUUUCAUCCAAACAAGUGAAAGGACGACACCAGGCCUAG